GGCCCAUGCGAAGAAGAACAGCAGCCCGAGUUCGAGCCGCAUCUCCCCGUGCUCCCUUCCAUUCCCCAUCGCAAAACCCAAACCCUUCCAAAACGCCAUGAGAGGCCUCGCUCGCUUCGCCGCCGGCCCCACCUCCCGGCAAUCGCUUCUCUCCUCCUCCCACGCCUUCUCCUCCUUCUCCGGUGCCGGCGGCGGUGGCUUUGGCCGUGGCCGUGGCCGUGGCUCUAGUUCACCGUCGCCACCAACCCCUAGCGGGCCUGGCCAAUCCCGAUCCCUCUCUGCGGAUGACGACGAAGCCGUCACCCCUCCCGGCAUUGGCCAUGGCCGCGGCGCUGUCUUCCCUUCCUCUCCCGUUCUCCCGUCGUUCUCUUCGUGGUCGUCGUCCACUCCCCCCGGUGCCGGCCGUGGCCGUGGAAGUGGUGCCCUCCCUUCUUCUCCUGUACCGGAUGCGCCCGACUCUCUCUCGAAAAAACCCAUCUUCUUCAGCCGCGAUGACUAUGUUGCAGCCACCGAGAAAUCCCAGUUCUUGGAUCCAGUGGAUGCUAAGUUGCUCCCCCGGAACAUCGGCCCGCCCACUGGUCCGGGAGCUGGUCGCGGGAAGCCCACGAAGUUUGUGGAAUCUGGUCCUGUUCCAAGUGAAGAGAACCGGCAUCUCCGGGCCAGGGUCACGCCGAGGAGAGCAACAGAGACACCGAGCCAGCCGAGGCUUGGCAGAGAAGAGGCUGUGAGGAAGGCGAUGGAGGUGCUUUCCCGCGGGGGUCCGGCUGGACGGGGUGGCAGAGGUGGGAGAGGUUUUGCCGGUGGGAGAGGGAGGGGUGGCAGAGGUGGGAGAGGGAGAGGGUACGAUGCGGCUGAUGAGUUGGAGCUUUAUGUGGGUGAUAAUGCCGACGGGGAGAAGCUUGCGAAGCGCCUUGGAGAAGCUAAUAUGAACAAAUUGGUUGAAGGGUUUGAAGAGAUGAGCUCGAUAGUGUUGCCUUCUCCUGUGGAAGAAGCAUAUUUGGAUGCUCUCCACACUAAUAAUUUGAUCGAAUACGAGCCGGAGUAUUUGGUGUCAUUCGAUACCAAUCCAGACAUUGAUGAGAAGCCCCCAAUGCCUAUUCGUGAAUAUUUGGAGAAGAUGAAGCCAUUCUUGAUGGCUUAUGAGGGAAUACAAAGCCAUGAAGAGUGGGAGGAAAUUAUCAAUGAAGCCUUGGAGAAGUUGCCUGUCAUGAAAGAACUAAUGGAUAUGUAUUGUGGUCCUGAUAGAGUGACCGCAAAGGAACAACAGGAAGAGUUGGAAAGAGUGGCUAAAACUCUUCCAGAGAACAUACCUUCUUCUGUAAAGAGGUUCACUGAUCGUGCUCUUCUUUCUCUUCAGAGCAAUCCGGGCUGGGGCUUUGAUAAGAAGUGUCAGUUCAUGGACAAGCUUGUGUGGGAAGUAUCACAGCAGUAUAAAUAGCUGGCUGGUUUUGGAGUUCAGAAAUUCAUACUAAAAAGCAAUGUGAAGGUUAAUUUGAAGUUGGGUACCCAUACCAUCAUGUUAUCUGCAUGGGGUUCUAUUACUGUCCAGACAAGCAUCUGAGUGCUUAAUCCCCAGAAAAAGAAAAAUAAUAAUAAAACCAUGCAGAGUUUGUUUUCCACGCCAGAACUAAAAGCACCAACACCUUGUGAUAAGUGAUAACCUCCUCUUCAUUUGUAUUCUUCUCGUUUGCACCCCUACAUUUAAUUAGGCUUUUGUUGUUACUCAAACGAAGCAGUUUUUCUUUGCUCACACUUGCUUUAUUGAAUCUUUCAACAUGA